AUGGUCCUGUUUUGUUCAAAUAAUGCCCUUAUAAAGUAUCCUGAUUUUGAUGGGCAGAAUGUUCUUAUUGCCAUUCUUGAUACAGGUGUUGACCCAGGUGCCCCAGGAUUGCAGGUAACAUCCACUGGUGAGGCUAAGAUUAUCGAUCUCAUAGACGCCUCUGGUUCAGGCGAUGUGGACACUUCCACAGUGGCCGAGGUAAAAGAUGGAAAGGUCACUGGCUUGACUGGAAGGACUUUAGUGAUUCCCGAGGACUGGAACAUAGCAGGGGGUAAAGUACACCUCGGCUUCAAGGUCGGCUAUGAGCUCUACCCUCGCCUCCUCCGUGAUCGGAUCGUCAAGGAACACAGAGAGGCCACCUGGGAUGCCAGUAGUCGACUGGCCAUGGCGCAGGCCUCCAAGGCCUUGGAAGAUUUUGAUGCUGCGCACGCUUAUCCUAGUCAGGAACAGAAGCUGGAGCGGGAGAAUCUUCAGGCGGUGUUGGACGUAAUGACUGACCUGGAUAAGAAGUACAAUGACUGUGGCCCCGUGUAUGACUGCGUUGUGUUCAACGAUGGAGAAACAUGGUGUGCCUGCCUUGACACCAGUGAGACGGGUGACCUGUCAGCCUGUGCAGUGCUGGCAAGCUACAGAGAGGAGAGGCAGUACAGGACCCUUUCCAAGCAGGAUAUGCUCAACUACAGUGUCAAUAUAUAUGAUGAGGGCAACACUCUUGAAAUUGUCACCAACGCAGGUGCCCAUGGUACCCAUGUUGCCUGUAUAGCCCCGGGUAACUUCCCAGACAGCCCAGAGAGGAAUGGAGUGGCUCCAGGAGCCCAGAUUAUUGGCAUCAAGAUAGGAGACACACGUCUGGGCUCCAUGGAAACGGGCACUGCCCUUGUCAGAGCGAUGAUUAAAGUGAAGGAGUAUGGCUGUGACCUGGUCAACUACAGCUAUGGGGAGGCGUCCCACUGGUCCAACUCCGGACGGGUGACAGACAUACUGAGUGAAGUGGUAAACAAGCACAAUGUGAUAUUUGUCUCAAGUGCGGGCAACAACGGCCCCACCCUGUCCACAAUGGGUACCCCUGGGGGCACAGUGUCAGCCCUGAUAGGGGUGGGGGCCCAUGUGACUCCCGCCAUGAUGGCCGCCGAGUAUUCCCUGAGGGAGAAGCUCCCUGCCAUGCACUACACCUGGUCAUCCAGGGGAUCUUGUCAUGAUGGAGCCCUGGGUGUUGAUAUCAGUGCCCCGGGUAGGGCCAUCGCCUCUGUACCCAAUUGGACCCUCAAGUGUUCUCAGCUGAUGAAUGGAACCAGCAUGAGCUCACCUAAUGCAUGUGGAUGUAUAGCCCUAGUAUUGUCUGGCCUGAAGGCAGGUGGUAUCUCGUAUAACCCAUACAGUGUGAAGAGGGCCCUACAGAACACUGCCAAGCCAGUGGACGGGAUGGAGGUGUUCGCUAUGGGACACGGACUCGUGCAGGUGGAGAAGGCCUAUGAGUACCUCUGUCAGUACGAGAGGGCGAUGGAGAGCAAGGUCCAGUUCACCAUCAGCUGUUCAGGCUUUGGGCAAGGCAUCUACAUCAGGGAGCCCGUGGACCUUGAUAAGCCCUCUGUGGUGGCCGUGUCUGUGGAGCCUGUGCACUACGAGGGGAUCACAGACAACGAGGAGAAGAUCUCAUUUAGCAUGCAGCUGAGUCUCACGUGUGAUGCCGGGUACGUGGAGUGCCCACCCCACCUGGAGAUGAUGAGUGUACAGCGCUCUGUCUCCAUCAGGGUUGACCCCCGAGGUCUUGCUGAGGGUGUCUACUUUACUGAGGUCUGUGCCUUUGAUGUGAAGUGUGUGGAAAAGGGACCAGUGUUUCGCAUUCCCAUAACAGUGGUUGUACCAGCAUCAAGGUCGGCAGCCAAAGACGGUGAAGUACGUUAUGAGAACGUGAGUUUUCGUCCAGGCCAGAUACGAAGGCACUUCAUACAUGUACCUGAAGGGGCAAGCGUGGCAGUGCUGCGUGUGCAGUCAUGUGACAAGGAGAAGAGUUGUCGAAUGCUACUUCAUGCGGUCCAGGUGAUGCCCCAGUACCAGUACUAGAAAUACGAGUUUGAGAAGUUUGAUAACCUCGCCGACCAAGGGGAAACCACCCAAUCAUUCAAUGUUGUGGAUAACAGAACUCUAGAGUUGUGUGUAGCCAAGUGGUGGGCAAACAUUGGGGAGGUCACUCUCAACUAUACUGUAACAUUUCAUGCGUCCACCCUACCUCAAAUCCUGUGAUUGUACAUGGUGCAGAUGGCGUGUGCCGGUUUGAUGUUCGCUCCCACCUGAGGUCAGAGGACAUCAACCCCACAGUGACCUUGAAGACCCUCACCCAGCCCCUACGCCCCAGCGACUCCAAGAUCCGGUGUCUGUCUGGAGCCAGGGACCUGCUACCUGAGGGCAGGCAGAUUUAUGCCCUGGAGUUGACAUACAAGUUCUCUGUGGUAUAACCAUGUUAUCAGCCGUCUCAUUCUUGCUACUCGUGACGCUCUGCGGCACGGUGUCUAGUCAGACAUAUACGAGAUACCCUCCGCCACGGCCAUAUCCACUAGAUCCAAACUGUGCUGCGGUGAUAUGCCUCUUCAUCGUCUGUCCUAAUGGGCAAUACGUACCGCCUGGCGAGUGCUGCCCGCGUUGCAAAAAAGGUUAUGGGUAUCCAGAACAAGACCCAUAUUUCCCAGGCAA